AUGGCGGCGGCCCGGUGUGGCCGGCGAUCUAGAUGCGGUGGUGCCGGCGGCUCACUGAUCUGCCGGUACUCCAGGGUCUGCCUGGUGGUGCUGGUGGUGACGGCGGCCCGUGCACGAGAGUUGGAUCCCUUCGAACUGAUCUGGUUAUUUGGACCUCCAGAGGAUAGUUGUGUGUCCCUCGAUGAGUCCAGGAUUGAGGAUGUGCCUCAACUAACUGCUAAUGAUAGUGAUAUUUUGGUUGCCCCGUUCUCGGAGAAGGAGGUGUUUGAUGCUAUAGCGCAGAUGAAAAACAAUAAGGCUCCCGGGCCAGAUGGUUUCCCGGCGGAGUUCUACAAAAAGUCCACGCGCGUCGGUCGGACCCGGUCGUACAAGUUGGUGGCGCGCGCGGCCCGCCGGCUGUGGCAGUGGGCGGACGAGUGGGCGCAGGCGAACCAGUACUACAAGGUGCCGUGCUUCGGCGGCGGCGACGGGGCCGAGAACCCGCUCUUCCGCAAGGCGGCGGCCUACGUGGCGUCGCUGCCGUCGCUCGAGGACGCAGACGUCGCCUGCGUGCUCUCCUCCGCCCGCAAGAGCAACGACUUCUCUCUCCAGCUCGGCCCGGGCCACACCGCGCAUGACGCCUUCCUCGGCGCGUGCCUCGCGUGCACCAACGGCGGGGAGCGCCUGGUCCUCCGCGUGCGCCGCCAUGACCGCUCGCGCAUGCUGCGCCCCUACCUGCAGCACGUCGUGUCCGUCGCCGACGUGAUGGAGCUGUGCCGCCGCGAGCUGCGGCUCUACGCCAACACCGGCGCCCUCGCGCCGCGCUGGGCGUCGGCCCUCUUCACCCACCUGGCCACGCUUGACGCGGUCGCCAUGGACCCAGAGCUCAAGACCCGCGUCCGCUCUGACCUGGAGAGCUUCCUCAAGGGACGCGCCUACUACCACUGCUUGGGCCGCGUCUGGCGCCGGAGCUACCUGCUCUACGGCCCGCCCGGCACAGGCAAGUCCACGUUCGCCGCUGCGAUGGCGAGGUUCCUCAGGUACGACAUCUACGACAUCGACCUCUCCCGCGCCGGCGCCGACGAACUCCGCGCGCUGCUCGUGGACACCGCCCCGCGGUCGCUAACGGGCGGCAGGCGAGCGCCGUCAGCCGUUAGCGCGGCCGCCGUCAUGACCGGUGGGCCAGCUCUGUGA